GAAAAGAAGCAAAGCAAUCAGUCCACCAAGACCACCUUAUCAUUUCCGAGCCAACAUUGAACGUAUCAGCAUUAUCACCGGAGCAGAUUCAUCAGCAAGUCGGUCGUUUUCUUAUUAGAAUCCAGAACAAUAAUUUAAAAAAAGAUUUUCUUAACCCCUUUUAGCAACAAUGAAUGUCGAUCAUGAAGUCAAACUGCUGGUGCAGGAGAUUCUGCGUCUUGGCAGUAAAAAUGCUGAUGGUCAAACCAGCGUGACGUUUGGGGUCCUAUUCAACGACGACCAGUGUGCCAACAUCUUCGAGGCGUUGGUGGGCACCCUGAAGGCGGCCAAGAAGAGGAAGGUGGUCAAAUACGAGAGCGAGUUGCUUCUGCAGGGCGUCCACGAUAACGUUAGUAUCACCCUGCUGCAGGAAUAAGGCCCCGUCUGUGUACCAUACGGCCCUCCGGCAACUUCCUGAAUCCCCUCAAAUACUGAGCUUCUGUAGCGGCUUGUCACUGAGCUUCGGUUUUCAGUUUUCUUCCUUCACGUGCAAUGCUCAGUAUUUGAAUUUAAACAAAACGGAUAAGAUCAAACUGUACACUUAUGGACUCAGCUGGUAUAACUGCGUAUGAAUUCAUUUGAUUUCACUGUGCCAAAAUGGUAUUAAAAAGUAAUUGGAUAAUCUUUAAGGUUAUCAGGGGCUAACGUUUAUAUUUUCAGAUGAAAACUGGUGUUUCUCUCCUUCUCAGGCGCUGCUAUUUUAUCAACCAAGGGUCUGAAAUGUCAUUUUGAUACACUUUUAAGACUAUAAACGCACAAAUCAGGAUUGUAAUCAUUUGUGUAAUGCCUUCAUUCAGGAUUUUGUUUGUUAAUCUUUGGAGAAAUUACACUAAAAUGUAACUUUUACAACCAAAUGCCUCUCUUGAUGGCAUCACUGUCGGGAUAAUAGACCAAGAACUGGCGACAUUUAGCAACUUCUUCACAUCUUUAAUUGGAGCAUUCUGAUCUUUACAAAUGUUUGGUAAGGACACUACUUUGGAAAGAUGUACUAGGUUAAUUUUUUCUUUAUCAGCCUCAAAUUUCGAUGCGAGUAAAGCAGCAUUAUUGAAAUAAAUCAUGUAAUGCAGUGCAGCUUUAAGACCACAGGUAGUGUGCGUCCACCAAAAGUGUCCCCUAAUGGCGGUUCCAUUUGUUUGCAUAAGACAUUUCUACUACCUCUUGUGGACUUUGUAAAAAGACAUUAUUACACCAGUGCUUUUGGAAAUAGAAACUACUAAGACAAGUGCAUUUCAAGAAAGACUUUUGCACCAUUUUGUACUCGUUGCAAUCUGCUAGAGUAGUUUUUAUUCCAUCUUUUUACAUGUGAUCUAUAAUGAAUUUUCUCUGCUAAACAGAUUCCAAAUCUUGCCUUUCCUAAGAAACAGUCGAUAAGCAAACGGCGGGUGUUUUUUUCUCAUGCAAUUUAUGUUGUUGUGUAAUAAUUACAGGGUUAGUGGUGCGAGAUAAAAGAUGAAUUUUCGUGUUUCUCAGGACCAAAUCGACACAACCAAAAUAUGUUUGAUAAUUGUCCUGUAGCUUAAAUUAGGUGUCUUACAAGAUGUGCAUUUAUAGUUUUAUUAGGUUUUUGGUUUUGCCACCCUUUAUUCUGUACUGUAGGGCAAAUGAAACUUGCAGAUCAGGCGUGAUAACCCUUCUGUGUACAAAUACGGGAGCCCAAAUUGGUCAAAAUGAAUGAAAUGUAAUAAAUAAGACAUUAUGAACCAAACAUCAUAGACACACCCGGGAAGAAAACCUUUAAUUGUAAAAUAAUCCGAUACGCUUUUUACCUCAGAUAGAUUUUUAUGAAAUUCUGUCACAUCGUGCUUUUUUUCAAGAUGACAUUAGAGGUAGCUUUUAUUUCAAAAUGUCCUUUUCAUAAAGUACAGUUUUACACGUUUACAAUUUGUGACUCAAUGGUCAUUUUUGAAAUAAAACAGCUGUGGAAAUCUUUUCAAAUAAAACACAAAAUAACCUAAUUUAUUUUGGAAAGAAGCAGAGCCAAUCAGCAUUUCAUAAACUGAGUUUAAAAAUAUCUAUUGGGUUAGGUUACAAUUGAAUGGUUCAAACUUUCAUAUUUUGUCUAUAUUAUUUAAUAUAAUGGAUGUCAUAAUACCUUGUUUACUUUUUUGACCACUGGUGAGGGAUUGCAGCUGCUCUCGGGGAUAAAACCUAAAAGCACCAAACAUCUCUAAAUAUUCAGCGUCCUCUGCUGCGUAAUAUCAAGCUUUACAUAUCGCAAAGAAGAGAGACCACGCCUUUUUCUGCAAGUUUUAAAAGACCCAUUUCACACUCACUGCUGUUCUGUCAACCUAGCUAAAUCAUUUACGCUGUUUGAUUUCAGCUUCACUUGAAUUAUAUUAUUACUUAUCUCUGAACCGUAUAGGAUGUUGUGCUCUUAACAGCAUUGGUGGCAUAGAUGGAUAACAAAAAAUGUGUAGAAAUUAGGAAAACCGAAAGAGCUUGUUCAAAUUAUGACAUAUGUUGAAAUGUAGCCGGAACAGUCAAAUGAAAUCGUCAGAAAAACAACAGAAUGGGUUGAGUAGAAGUCUGAAAUGUUUUGGGAUAAAUGGAGAAAAAGCAAGAGUAAGGAGGAAACAAACUGCAUCAUUUCAAGUCAUUUAAGAUGAACCUGCUGUGUGUUUCACUGGAGUGAGCUGAACAUAAUUGCAAUUUACAGCACAAUUAACACUUAGCAAGAUGAGAGCGUUGUGAUCAGAGCGGUGCCAAUACCUCAAGCCAUUCCUGUGAACCAAUGGGAUGCCUGCAUGAUGUGUUUAUGUGCGUCAUUACUGUCUUCUUGUAUUGGCAAUAACACAUUCCUAAAUGUACCAAGGUUUCUGUUACUGUGGGAUACUUCCGAGGAAUAAAAUCUUUACACUUGAAGCCUUGAA